GCCGGACUGGAGAGUGAAGCCCUGCCCCCGAGCCCGCCGGGUGCCCACCACCGCCACAGCAAGGCCGCCCGGCCUGGGCCACCGCGUCGCCAUGGCUGGGGGCCGUGGGGCCCCCGGGCGCGGCCGGGACGAGCCUCCGGAGAGCUACCCGCAGCGGCAGGAGCACGAGCUGCAGGCUCUGGAGGCCAUCUACGGCGCCGACUUCCAGGACCUGCGGCCGGACGCGCGCAAAUCGGUCAACGAGCCCCCUGAAAUCAACUUAGUUCUGUACCCCCAGGGCCUAACUGGUGAAGAAGUAUACGUGCAAGUGGAUUUGAGGGUUAAAUGCCCACCAACCUACCCAGAUGUAGUCCCUGAAAUAGAGUUAAAGAAUGCCAAAGGUCUAUCAAAUGAAAGUGUUCAUUUAUUAAAAUCCCACCUAGAGAAAGUGGCCAAAAAACAUUGUGGAGAGGUGAUGAUAUUUGAACUGGCCGACCAUGUGCAAUCAUUUCUCAGCGAGCAUAACAAGCCCCCUCCCAAGUCUUUCCAUGAGGAAAUGCUGGAAAGGCGGGCUCAGGAGGAGCAGCGGAGGCUGUUGGAGGCCAAGCAGAAGGUAGAGCAGGAGCAACGUGAAAUCCUUCAUGAGAUUCAAAGAAGGAAAGAAGAGAUAAAAGAAGAGAGAAAAAGAAAAGAAAUGGCUAAGCAGGAGCGUUUGGAAAUUGCUAGUUUGUCAAACCAAGAUCAAAACUCUAGGAAAGACGCAGGAGGACACAGAAUAUCUGCCAUUCUGCAUGGAGGCUCUCCUGACUUUGUAGGAAAUGGUAAACAUCGGACCAACUCCUCUGGAAGGUCUAGGCGAGAACGUCAGUAUUCUCUGUGUAGUAGUGAAGAUUCUUCUGGCUCUUGUGAAGUCCUGUAUUUCUCUAUGGGUAGCCCUGAUCAGCUCAUGGUUUACAAAGGGAGGUGCAUUGGCAGUGAUGAGCAGCUUGGAAAAUUAGUUUAUAAUGCUUUGGAAACGGCCACUGGCAACUUUGUGUCAUUGCAUGAGUGGGUCCUUCGGUGGCAGAAAAAAAUGGGCCCGUUCCUUACCAGUCAAGAGAAGGAGAAGAUUGAUAAGUGCAAAAAGCAGAUUCAAGGGGCAGAAACGGAAUUCAACUCACUGGUAAAAUUGAGCCAUCCAAAUGUAGUACGCUACUUUGCAAUGAAUCUCAAAGAGCAAGAUGACUCCAUCAUGGUGGACAUUUUAUUGGAGCACAUUAAUGGGGUCUCCCUCUCUGCACAUCUGAGCCACUCAGGCCCCAUCCCUGUGUAUCAACUCCGCAAGUACACAGCUCAGCUCUUGUCUGGCCUCGAUUAUUUGCACAGCAAUGACGUGGUGCACAAGGUUCUGAAUGCAUCAAAUGUCUUGGUGGAUGCAGAGGGCAAUGUCAAGAUUACGGACUACAGCAUUUCAAAGCGCCUAGCAGACAUUUGCAAGGAGGAUGUGUUUGAGCAGAGCCGAGUUAGUUUUAGUGACAGUGCCCUACCUUAUAAAACGGGGAAGAAAGGGGAUGUUUGGUGUCUUGGCCUUCUGCUGCUCUUCCUCAGCCAAGGACAAGAAUGCGGAGAGUACCCUGUGACCAUCCCUAGUGACUUACCAGCUGACUUCCAAGAUUUUCUAAAGAAGUGUGUUUGCUUGGAUGACAAGGAAAGAUGGAGUCCCCAGCAAUUGUUGAAACACAGCUUUAUCAAUCCACAGCCGAAAAUGUCUUUAUUGGAACAGAGUCCUGACGAUUCUGGAGGACAAGAUUAUGUUGAGACUGUUAUUCCUAGUAAGCAGCUACCCAGUGCAGCGUUCUUCAGUGAGACACAGAGACAGUUUUCCCGAUAUUUCAUUGAGUUUGAAGAAUUACAGCUUCUCGGCAAAGGAGCCUUCGGAGCUGUCAUCAAGGUGCAGAACAAGCUGGAUGGCUGCUGCUACGCGGUGAAGCGCAUCCCCAUCAAUCCGGCCAGUAGGCAUUUCCGCAGGAUCAAGGGCGAGGUGACGCUGCUGUCGCGCCUGCACCAUGAGAACAUAGUGCGCUACUAUAACGCCUGGAUAGAGAGAUACGAGCGGCCCGUGGGCCCGGGGAUGCUGCCGCAGGAUUCGGACUCAUGGCCCCAGGCACCAGAUGGGCGAGCUUUGUCCCAGCCUUCCCCAGGCAACGACAGCCCCGACGGCGAUGGCGCCGGUAGCAUGGAAGCUGCCGCGCCACCGCCCAUCCUCAGCUCCGUGGAGUGGAGCACAUCUGGCGAGCGUUCGGCCAGCGCCCGCUUCCCCUCUGCCCGCCCAGGCUCCAGCAGCGAGGAGGACGACGACGACGACGACGAGCACGAGGGCGUCUUCUCGCAGCCCUUCCUACCUGCUUCAGAUUCUGACAGUGAUGUCAUCUUUGAAGAUGAGAACAGUAAGAGUCAGAAUCAGGAAGAAGACUGCAAUGGGAAGAACAGUUGCCAUGAAAGUGAGCCAUCAACAACCAUUGAAGCUGUGCACUACCUGUAUAUCCAGAUGGAGUACUGCGAGAAGAGUACUUUGCGUGACACCAUUGACCAGGGGCUGUAUCAAGAUACCAUCAGACUCUGGAGGCUUUUUCGAGAGAUUCUGGAUGGAUUAGCUUAUAUCCAUGAAAAAGGAAUGAUUCACCGAGAUUUGAAGCCUGUCAACAUUUUUUUGGAUUCUGAUGACCAUGUAAAAAUAGGUGAUUUUGGUUUAGCGACAGACCAUCUUGCCUUCACUGCUGACGGCAAGCAAGAUGAUACAGCGGAUCACUUGAUUAAAUCAGACCCCUCAGGUCAUUUGACUGGGAUGGUUGGUACUGCUUUAUACGUAAGCCCAGAGGUCCAAGGAAGCAGCAGACCCACGUACAACCAGAAAGUGGAUCUCUUCAGCCUGGGAAUUAUCUUCUUUGAGAUGUCCUAUCACCCCAUGGUCACGGCCUCAGAAAGGAUCUUUGUUCUCAACCAACUCAGAGAUCCCACUUCACCUAAGUUUCCAGAAGACUUCGAUGAUGGAGAGCAUACAAAGCAGAAAUCUGUCAUCUCCUGGCUGUUGAACCACGAUCCCGCCAAGCGGCCCACAGCCACAGAGCUGCUCAAGAGUGAGCUGCUGCCCCCACCCCAGAUGGAGGAGUCAGAGUUGCAUGAGGUUCUGCACCACACCCUGGCCAACGUGGACGGGAAGGCCUACCGCACCAUGAUGGCCCAGAUCUUCUCCCAGCGCAUCAGCCCAGCCAUUGAUUACACCUACGACAGCAACAUGCCGAAGGGCUUCUCAAUCCGUACAUCCAAGAUACAGCAACAUGUGUGUGAUACCAUCGUCCGCAUUUUUAAAAAACACGGAGCUGUCCAGUUGUGUACUCCACUACUGCUUCCCCAAAAUAGGCAAAUAUACGAGCACAAUGAAGCUGCCUUAUUCAUGGACCACAGCGGGAUGCUGGUGAUGCUUCCCUUUGACCUACGGGUUCCUUUUGCAAGAUACGUGUCAAGAAAUAAUAUAUUGAAUUUGAAACGUUACUGCAUAGAACGUGUCUUCAGACCUCGCAAGUUAGACCGAUUUCACCCCAAAGAACUUCUGGAAUGUGCAUUUGACAUUGUCACGUCUACCACCAACAGCUCUCUGCCCACUGCUGAAGUCAUCUACACGAUCUGUGAGAUCAUCCAGGAGUUCCCGGCACUGCAGGAAAGAAAUUACAGUAUUUACUUGAACCACACCAUGUUAUUGAAAGCAAUCUUCUUACACUGUGGGAUCCCAGAAGAUAAACUCAGUCAAGUCUAUGUUAUUCUGUAUGAUGCAGUGACAGAAAAGCUGACAAGGAGAGAAGUGGAAGCCAAGUUUUGUAAUCUGUCUCUGUCAUCUAAUAGUCUGUGUCGACUCUACAAAUUCAUUGAGCAGAAGGGAGAUUUGCAAGAUCUAACACCAGCAAUAAAUUCAUUAAUAAAACAGAAAACAGGUGUUGCCCAACUGGUGAAGUAUGGCUUGAAAGACUUAGAGGAGAUCAUUGGGCUGUUGAAGAAACUCGGCAUCAAGUUACAGGUCUUGAUCAACUUGGGCUUGGUUUACAAAGUACAGCAGCACAACGGAGUCAUCUUCCAGUUUGUGGCGGUCAUCAGACGGAGGCAAAGGGCUAUAUCAGAAAUCCUUGCAGCUGGAGGCAGAUACGACCUGCUGAUUCCCCAGUUUAGAGGACCGCAGGCUCUGGGACCAGUCCCGACAGCUGUUGGGGUCAGCAUAGCCAUAGACAAGAUAUCUGCAGCUAUCCUCAACAUGGAAGAACCUGUUACAAUAAGCUCUUGUGACCUCCUGAUCGUAAGUGUUGGCCAGAUGUCCAUGUCCAGGGCCAUCAACCUAACCCAGAAACUUUGGUCAGCAGGAAUCACAGCACAGAUCAUGUACGACUGGUCACAGUCCCAAGAAGAACUCCAGGAAUACUGCAGAUACCACGAAAUCACCUACGUGGCCCUCGUCUCAGAUAAAGGAGGAAGCUAUGUCAAGGUUAAGUCUUUUGAGAAGGAAAGGCAAACAGAAAAACUUGUGCAGGAGUCUGAUCUUAUAGACCACGUUUUGCAGAAACUCAGAACUAAAGUCAGUGAUGAAAGGACUAUCAGAGAAGCUUCUGAUAAUCUCGCAGUGCAAAAUCUGAAGGGGUCCUUUUCUAAUGCUUCAGGUUUGUUUGAAAUCCACGGAGCAGCAGUUGUCCCCAUUGUGAGCGUGAUAGCCCCAGAGAAGCUGUCAGCCAGCACGAGGAGGCGUUAUGAAACUCAGGUACAAACACGACUUCAGACCUCCCUUGCCAACUUACAUCAGAAAAGCAAUGAAAUUGAAAUUUUGGCUGUGGAUCUACCCAAAGAAACAAUCUUACAGUUUUUAUCGUUAGAGUGGGAUGCUGAUGAACAGGCAUUUAACACAACUGUGAAGCAGCUGCUGUCACGCCUGCCAAAGCAGAGAUAUCUCAAAUUAGUCUGUGAUGAAAUUUAUAACAUCAAAGUAGAGAAAAAGGUAUCUGUGCUAUUCCUGUAUAGCUACAGAGAUGACUACUACCGAAUCUUAUUUUAAUCAUAAAGAAUAGUCAUCAUCUUGUUCUAAGAUAGGAGCUUAUACUAUGAAAUGUUGUACAUUCAUUGUAAUUUUAACUUUACAUUGUAAGAAGCUGUCCUACAAAGUUGAGCUUUGUAAGUUUUUCAUGUGUAAUAUAUAAAUUUAUCUUUUUGAAUAUAAUGCUUCCAUGUAUCUGCUUUUAAGUUGCAAAUCUGUUGACACCAAAGCUUUUGUGGAGCUAGAACACAAGAGCCAUGUUCUUCCCUUAUUUCUAAUUACUAAGCACAUGAAAAUGCCCAAACUACCCCAACAUAUCAACCCAAAAGGUCCCCAGCAAGAUACAUAGUAAUUAAAACAGCAGAAAAUAGUAAUAAAGAGAAUUUUAAAAGCAGCAAGAGAAAACUGUUACAUACAAGGGAAACCCCAUAAGCUAUCAGCUAAUUUUUCAGCAGAAACUUUCAGAAGGGUGUUCCAUGAUACAUGCAAAGUACUGAUAGAAAAAAAAAAACCUGCAGCCAAGAAUACUGUAUCCAGCAAAGCUAUCAUCCAGAGUAGAAGAAAUAAAAAGUUUCUCAAACAAAAGUUAAAGGAAUUCAUGACCACUAAACCAGCCCUGUAAAAAGUUUUAAAGGGAACUCAAUGGACAGGAAAAACUAUUGUAGGGACAAGAAAAGUAGGAAGCACCAAAGCGAUAAAAUUAAGUAUAUCUGUAAAAAUUAAUCGAGGGAAAAAUAAAAUUAGUCAAGGAAGUCACAAAAGGAUAUAAAAUGACACCAUAUACCUAGAAUGUGGCGGGGAGAGGAGUAAAGAAUGGGUUCAAAUUUAAGUGAUUAUCAACUUAAUGUAGAUUGCUAUAUGUGUAAGAGGUUUGUUACUAACGUAAUGGUAACCACAAAGCAAAAACUGGUUAACAGAUAUACGAAAAAUAGAGAAAAGAAUAUCACUAAGGAAAGCCUCCAAACCAUGAGAGAAGAGAGAAAGAGAGGAAAGAAACAGAACUACAAAAACACCUAUAAAAUAAAACCAUACAUAAGGGACGCCUGGGUGGCUUGAUUGAGCAUCUGCCUUCAGCUCAGGGUGUAACCCUGGAGUCCCAGGAUCAAGUCCCACGUUGGAGUCCCUGCAGGGAGCCUGCGUCUCCCUCUGCCUGUGUCUCUCGUGAAUAAACAAAAAAAAUAUUAAAAAAGAAAAAAUAUAUUAGAAAAAAAGGGGGGGAACCCUUUUGCACUGUUGGUGGGAAUGCAAACUGGUGCAGUUACUCUGGAAAAUAGUAUGGAGGUUCCUCAAAGAGUUAAAAAUAAAACUACACUAUGACCCAACAAUGGUCCUACUAGGUGUUUAUCCAAAGGAUACAAAAAUGCUGAUUUGAAGGACCACACACAUCCCCAUGUUUAUAGCAGCACUAUCAGCAAUAGGCAAAUUAUGAAAAAGCUCAAUUUUCCACUGACUGAUAAAUGGAUAAAGAAGAUGUGGUAUAUACAAACAGCGGAAUAUUACUCAGCCAUCAAAAAGAAUGAAAUCUUGCUAUUUGCAAAAUGUGGACAGAACUUAGAACUAGAGUAUAUGAUGCUAAGUGAAAUCAGGCAAAGAAAGACAAACAUGAUUUCACUUAUGUGGAAUUUAAGAAACCAAACACAUGAACAUAGGGGGAAGGAGGGAAAAAUAAGAUAAAAACAGGGAGGCAAACGGUAAGUGACUUUCUUUUAACAUUUUUAUUUACUUGAAGAGAGAGAGAGAGAGAGCACAACUCCAGGGUGAGGCAGAAACAGAUUCCCUGCUGAGCAGGGAGCCUGACGUCGGGCUCAAUCCCAGGACUCCAAGAUCAUGACCUGAGCCAAGGGCAGAUGCUUAACCAACUGAGCCACCCAGGUGCCCCAAACCAUAAGUCACUCUUAACCAUAGAGAACAAAGUGAGGGUUGCUGGAGGGGAGAUGAGUGGGGUGAUGGGCUAAACGGGUGAUGGGGAUUAAGGGGUUCACUUUGUGAUGAGCACUGAGUGUUAUUUGUAAGUGAUAAAUCAUUAAAUUCUACUCCUGAAGUGAAUUUUAUAUUAAUAUUUGUUAACUUGAAUUUAAAAAAAAAAAAAAAAGAUUUUAUUUAUUCAUGAGAGACAGAGAGAGAGAGAUAGGGAGCCCGAUGUGGGACUCAGUCCCAGGACUCUGGGAUCACCACCUGAGCCAAAGGCAGAUGCUGAACUGCUGAGCCAUUCAGGCAUCCCAACUAACUUGAAUUUAAAUAAAAAUAUGUAAAAUAGCCGUAAGUGCAUACCUAUCAAUAAUUACUUUGUAAAUGGACUAAACACACCCAUCAAAAGACAAAGAGUGAUAGAAUGGAUAAAAAAGAAAGGCCCAUCUACAUCCUGGCUCCAAGACACUCAUUUCAGACCCAAAAACACCUGCAGAUUGAAAGUGAAGGGAUGGGAAAGUACUUAUGCAAAUGGAAGUGAAAAGAAAGCUGGGGGAGCCAUCCUUGCAUGAAACAAAAUAAACUUUAAAACAAAGACCAGUAGGGCACCUGGGUUAUAUCUGGGUUAUUGACUGUCUGACUCUUGGUUUUGGCUCAGAUCGUGAUCUCAGGGUCAUUAGAUGGAGCCCUGUGUUGGCCUCCGCACUCAGCAUAAUCUGCUUGGGAUUCUCGCUCCCUCACUCUCCUCCUCCCCCCAACUCCACAGUCUGUCUGUUUCUCUGUCUCUCAAAUAAAUAAAUCUUUAAAAAAAAAUUAAAAGUUUGGGAUGCCUGGGUGGCUUGGGUUGAGCAUCUGCCUUCAGCUCAGGGCAUGAUCCCAGAGUCCGGGGAUGGAGUCUCACAGCGGGAUCCCUGCAUGGAGCCUACUUCUCCCUCUGCCUAUGUCUCUGCCUCUCUGUCUAGAUAGAUAGAUAGAUAGAUAGAUAGAUAGAUAGAUAGAUAGAUAGAUAGAUAGAUAGAUAGAUAGAUAGAAAGAAAUUAAGAAAAAGACUGUAACAAGAGAUGAAGGGCACUACAUAAUAAUAAAAAAGGGACAAUCCAUAAGAGGAUAUAAGUAUACAUACACUUAACAUGGAAGCUCUAAAAAAUCAGGUAAUAACAAAGGAAGUAAUCAAUAGUAAUACAUAACAGUAGGGGACUUAACACCGCACUUACAUUAACAGAUAGAUCAUCCAAACAAAAAAUCAACAAGGAAACUAGUUUUGAAUGAUACACUGGACAAGAUGGAUCUAAUAUAUAUUCAGAACAUUCAUUCCAUCCUAGAACAGCAAAAUACACAUUCUGCUCAAGUGCACAUGGAACAUUCUCCAGAAUAGAUCGCAUAUCAGGCCACAAAACAAGCCGCAACAAAUAAGUUACAUUAUGCAUUUUUUCCAACCACAGCACUAUGAAACUAGAACUCAACUGUAAGAAAAAAUCUAGAAAGAGCACAAAUGGAAGUUAAAGAACAUGGUACUCAAACAGUGAGUGGGUCAAUCACAAAAUCAAAAAGGAAAUUAAAAAAUAAAUGAAGACAAAUGAAAUAAAAAUAUGGGGCACCUGGGUGGCUCAGUCCUGAUCCUGGGGUCCUGGGAUCGAGUCCCACAUCAGGCUCCCCAUAAGGAGCCUCUUCUCCCUCUGCCUAUGUCUCUGCCUCUCUCUGUGUCUCUCCUGGAUAAAUAAAACCUUUAAAAAACAAAACAAACAAAAAAAAGAAAAUGGAUAAAAACCUGUAUGAUCAUUUCAACCAAUGCAGAAAAAGGAGUCAACAAAGUACAACAUCUAUUCAUGAUAAAAAAUCCUCUCAAACUAGGUUUAGAGGGAACAUACUUCAACAUAAUAAAGGCCAUAUAUGAAAAACCCACAGCUAACCUCACACUCAAUGGUGAAAACCUGAGGACUUCUCCUCUAAGAUCAGGAAAAAGACAAGGAUGACUACACUCACCAUUUUUAUUCAACUUAGUACUAGAAGUCCCAGUCGCAGCAAUCAGACAAAAAAAGAAAUAAAAGGCAUCCAGAUUUGUAAGAAAGUAAAACUUUUUGUAAAAAAAAAAAAAAAAAGAUUAUAUUGGGAUGCCUGGGUAGCUUAGUAGUUGAGCAUCUGCCUUCAACUCAGCGAGAUCCCAGGGUCCUGGGUUCGAGUCCCACAUCAGGCUCCCUCCAUGGAGCCUGCUUCUCCCUCUACCUGUCUCUGCCUCUCUCAUAAAUAAAUAAAAUAUUUUUUUAAAAAAUGUAUUAGGGCAGUCCCCGUGGCGCAGCGGUUUAGCACCACCUGCAGCCCAGGGCGUGAUCCUGGAGACCCUAGAUCGAGUCCCACGUCAGGCUCUCUGUAUGAUGCCUGUUUCUCCCUCUGCCUGUGUCUCUGCCUCUCUCUCUCUGUCUCUAUGAAUAAAUAUUUUUUUUAAAAAAUGUAUUAGAGAGCAGCAUGCAUUGGGGUUGGGGAGUAGGAGGGUGUGAGGGGAGGCAGAGGGAGAAGCAGACUUCCCACUGAGCAGGGAUCCCAAUGUGAGGCUCAAUUCCAGGACCCCAGAAUCAUGACCCGAGCCAAAGGCAGAUACUUAACCGAAUGAGCCACUCAGGUGCCCCAAGAAAGUAAACUUUAUUCACUACUUGCAGGUGUCACAAUACUACUAUAUACAGAAAUACCUAAAGACUCCAACAAAAGACUACUAGAACUGAUGAAUUCAGUAAGGUUGUAGGAUACAAAAUCAAUAUACAGAAAUCCACUGCAUUUCGAUAUACUAAUAAUGAAGUAGCAAAAAGACUAAGAAAACAAUCCCAUUUACAACUGCACCAAAAAUAACAAAAAUACCUAGGAAUAAAGGAGGUGAAAGAAACUGAAGAUGACACAAACAAAUGGAAACUAUUCCAUGGAUUGAAGAACAAAUAUUGUUAAGAUGUCCACACAACCCAAAGCAAUCUACAGAUUUUUUUAAAGAUUUUAUUUAUUUAUUCAUGAGAGACGGGGGGGGGGGGCGGGGGGUGUGCAGAGACACAGGAAGAGGGAGAAGCAGGCUCCAUGUAGGGAGCCCCACGUGGGACUCGAUCCCGGGUCUCCAGGAUCAGGCCCUGAGCCGAAGGUGGCACUAAAUCCCUGAGUCACCCGGGCUGCCCGCAACCUACAGAUUUAAUGCCAUCUCUAUCAAAAUACCAACAUUCUUCACAGAACUAGAACAAAUAAUUCUAAAAUCUGUAUGGAACCACAAAAGACCCCAAAAUAACCAAAGCAAUUGUGAAAAAGAACAAAAAAUCUGGACGUACCACAAUCCAGAUUACUACAACUUUGUAAAUUGUUACUUUGUUACUACAACUUAGUAAGUUGUACAUAUAGUACAGACAGUAUAGACAUACAGAUCAAUGGAACAGAACAGAGAGCCCAGAAAUAAACCCGUUAUUAUAUAUUCAUUUGAUCUUUGACAAAGGAGGCAAGAAAAUGCAAUGGAAAAAAGUCUCUUUCAACAAAUAGUGGUGAGAAAAGUGGACCCCUUACUUAUACAAUACACAAAAAUAAACUCAAAAUGGAUUAAGGACCUUAACUGUGAGACUGGAAACCACAAAAGUCCGAGAUGAGAGCACUAGUAAUUAUUCUGACAUAUACCAUAGCAACAUUUUUCUAGAUUUGUUUCCUGAAGCAAAGGAAACAAACGCAAAAAACUAUUGGGACUACACCAAAAUAAAAAGCUUCUGCACAGCCAAGGUAACAAUAAAACUAAAAGACAACCUAUGGAAUGGGAGAAGGUAUUUGUAAAUGACAUAUCAUAUAUAGGGUUAGUAUCCAAAAUAUGUAAAGAACUUCUAUAACUCAACAACAAUCCAAAUAAAAAUGGGCAUUAGACAUGAACAUACAUUUCUCCAAAGAUAACAUACAUAUGGAGAACAGACACAUUAAAAAUGCUCAACAUUGGGAUCCCUGGGUGGCGCAGCGGUUUGGCGCCUGCCUUUGGCCCAGGGCGGAUCCUGGAGACCCGGGAUCGAAUCCCACGUCGGGCUCCCGGUGCAUGGAGCCUGCUUCUCCCUCUGCCUGUGUCUCUGCCUCUCUCUG